CUUUGCCCGCUUCACCGAAAUCUCGGCAAAAGCGUUGGAACGCGCCGUUUUGGCAACCUUUUGCUCCCCUCCUCCUCCACAGUUACCAUUCUCCUUUGUUCCCUUCUCUCGCAGACGUCAGCGUUCCCUAUCUAUCCCUUCUCCUCUUCGCCAGCUGUGCUUUCAAGUUUUAUUUUGCCCAGCCCCGUUUUGGUUGGUUGCGCAAAAUUUUUCGCACACUAGUAUAUGCUCCCGUUUAAAACCGCGACGUCAAAAUGUCACAAGAGCAGCAGCCUCUGCCGUUCGUAUACCAGUUCGCUGCGGGAGCAGUGGCUGGUAUAUCUGAAAUUCUUGUAAUGUAUCCUUUGGAUGUUGUGAAAACAAGAGUUCAACUCCAACAAGGCGCAGGCGCUGGCGAAGAAGCAUACAAGGGAAUGGUGGACUGCUUCCGCAAAAUUAUUAAAAAUGAAGGUUUCUCCCGCCUAUAUCGCGGCAUCACGGCCCCUAUUCUUAUGGAAGCCCCUAAGCGAGCAACCAAAUUCGCCGCCAACGACAGUUGGGGCUCCUUUUAUCGAAACCUUUUCGGCAUGGAAAAGACCAACCAGCCUCUCGCAGUCCUCACUGGCGCCACCGCUGGUGCCACGGAAUCCUUCGUCGUCGUUCCCUUCGAGCUUGUCAAGAUUCGUCUGCAAGAUAAAGCCUCCGCUGGUAAAUACAGCGGAAUGCUCGACGUAGUGAGAAAGAUUGUGAAGUAUGAAGGUCCUCUCGCGCUAUACAAUGGCCUUGAAUCCACGCUUUGGCGCCAUAUUCUUUGGAACGCUGGAUACUUUGGUUGUAUUUUCCAGAUCCGCGCCCAGUUACCACAGCCAGAACCAGGAAACAAGACUCAGCAGAUGCGAAAUGACUUGAUUGCAGGUUCGAUUGGUGGAACUGCUGGAACUCUUUUGAAUACUCCCAUGGAUGUUGUCAAGUCCCGCAUCCAAAAUAGCCCGAAGGUCGCGGGAUCUGUUCCGAAGUACAACUGGGCAUGGCCAGCUCUAGGCACCAUUAUGAAGGAAGAGGGCUUCGGCGCCCUUUAUAAAGGAUUCACGCCCAAGGUGCUCAGACUGGGUCCCGGCGGAGGAAUUCUACUGGUGGUAUUCACCACUGUCACUGAUUUCUUCCGGCAGCUUAGAGGGGAGUAAAAUAUAUCGCAAAAGUUUCCCAUUUCUCUUGUACCGUGACCACCGAUUUCCGCGGGCGUUUUUGGAAUUUUACCGUAAUAGAAGCCGUUCCAGCGUGUUCAUGUUUUAAGAAUACUUUUCUUUGCCACAGAUAUAGAACAGGAGGCGCGGAGCGAGGUCACCUACGAGGGACAUACGAAUGCAGUUUAGACUUCCAUGUCGAUUUCACCUCCAUUACCAGUUGUCUCCUUGGCUCCACCCUCAAUCAGACCCGACUUCCCGAGAAACGACCACAACAAACAAACAACCACCCCGAUACCUUUCCAUAUACCAUUCAGUUCCCACAUAGUGAUAUUGGUACUGCUUCAAUCAUCCGUCAUAUAGACUUUUCAUUUCUCCUAUAUCUCUUUCUCAUCUUCCCCGUCUUCCUCUUCCUCUUCUUGCACGUUGUCAUCUUGUCAACUGGGUUAGCUUUUCAUCCCCAUACGGCCCAAUCACCAUUAUAUUCCUCAAUUUUGUUUUUGGGCUUGAAAAAACACCCCAGUGCGGUCGUUUUGGAGUGUUCUACGGCGUGUCACCAGCACCAGAUUCUUCAUACAUACGAGAAAUUCGUUCUCAGCCAAAUCCCUUCAUCUUGUUGCCUUCAUAGAUAUAGAGUGCUAUUUCGUUUGCCGUCUUACUUCUACUUCGAGGCAUUCUGAUUUAUCUGCGCGUGCAUCAACUUCUCCGAGAGAUACCGAUACAAAUCCUGUUGCAAAAGCAGGGGAAAACAUGUUGUGAGUGUUUAAAGAUGAAUGAAGAAUGAAGAUUUGAGCAGGCAUUGUAAAUAAGUGUUGAGUGAUUGAUUAUGUUAAUUAACUAUUAAUAGUAACAAUGUUGAUUCUUCUACAAGCUCAAAUGCCGGAAAACAUCUUCUACUUCACUUUACAGAGAUAUUAUUUGUAGACUCUUCAGUAUUACUGAUUUAUAGAUUUUAUAUGAAUUCUUAUUCAAUAACAUAGAUCAAUCUCAUUCAAUAACAUAGAUCAAUCUCUAUCUACAUGCUUAACUGAGUGUACAUAUUUAACUCCGAGAACAUGAAAUGUGGCUAUACAAUCAAUCAACCUUCCACCUUCAUCAGAUUAUGAGCUCUUGACUGUGUUCU